AUGGCGCCUCAGAUUCUCCCUUUUAGGGAUGUCAAUUUACAUGCUUCGCCCUCCCACUAUGCGUUUACCUCGCCUUCAUCGCCCCAGGCACCAACGCUGGUGGUAGACCGGCCGACGGGCGACCUUCGUCUGAACGAUGGCCCUUUAUCGGGUGCUAAGCGUAUCUCCAGCAUUGCAGGAAUUCUGGGAAUCGUUAAGCUGAAGCUAGACAAGUACAUUAUUGUCAUUACCAAAGCCCAGCCCAUGGGACGUCUGCGCGGCCACAUGGUGUACAAAGUUGCCUCCACCGAGUUCCUCCCGAUGCGCGAGCGCCCGCUCCACGAUAAAGAUGAGGAUACCUAUCUGGCCCUGAUCAAAGACCUGCUUCGCACUGGCCCCAUGUACUUCUCCUACUCCCUGGACCUCACCAACAGUUUCCAGCGGCAAUCACAGAGCCCGUCCGAUAUUCCUAUGUGGAAGCGCGCCGACGACCGUUUCUUUUGGAACCGGUUCAUUCAGUCUGAUCUGAUCGAUUUCAGCCUGGGAGAGAAUAACACAAAUGGCAUUCGUUACGGACCUCAGCCGGGCGCUGAUCCCUACAUCCUUCCAGUGAUGUUUGGCAUGAUGCGCAUCACCCCGGCUAAAGUCAAGGGAACUUCCUUCACAUUUGCUCUCGUUACACGUCGAUCCCGACACCGCGCGGGCACGAGAUACUUCUCGCGUGGCAUUGACGAGCAAGGCCAUGUGUCAAACUAUAACGAAACCGAGCAGAUUGUGAUCUUGAAUGACUCCACUGGAGGGUUGUCGGGCUAUGCGCCAGGUCAAUCGAUGACGAACGGCAAGACGGGCCAAGAUCUCCAAGUGUACUCCUUUGUCCAGACCCGAGGCAGUGUUCCAGUCUUCUGGGCUGAGGUCAAUGACCUCAAAUACACACCCAAGCUGCAGGUUCGUGGUGUCGAAACUGCCGUCGAAGCUGCGCGCAAGCAUUUCUCAGAGCAGAUUCGUCUCUACGGAGAGAAUUAUAUGGUGAACCUAGUGAAUCAGAAGGGCCGCGAGGAGCGCGUGAAGAAUGCCUAUGAGCAGCUGGUUCGCAUUCUCAUCUCUUCUUCUACGGAGACGAGAGAAGCCGAUGAUAAGACAUCGGAAAAGAUUCACACUCUUGAACCAGGACUGAAGCAAAAAGAGUUGGAUCGUCUGCAUUACGUUUAUUUCGACUUCCAUAACGAGACCAAGGGCCUGAAAUGGCACCGUGCUGAGCUGCUGAUGGGUCGCCUUAAUGAUGGCUUGACCCAGGGUGGCUACUUCCGUGGCGUUGAGAGCCCCGGCGCAUCUAGCGGCCAGCUAGAUAUUCGGUCGACACAGACAAGCGUGGUACGAACCAAUUGUAUGGACUGCCUCGAUCGAACCAACGUUGUCCAGAGCAUGCUCGGUCGCUGGGCGGUGACUCGCCAGCUCAUGGAUGCUGGUGUGCUGCGCCCCGGCGAGAAUGCCAACGAUGACCGAGAAUUUGAGGAUCUGUUCCGGAACAUCUGGGCGGACAAUGCCGAUGUUGUUUCCAAAUCCUAUUCUGGUACGGGUGCCCUGAAGACUGACUUCACACGAACCGGCAAGCGUACUCGGGCUGGCGCUCUCCAGGAUUUGAACAACUCCAUUACACGUUAUGUACGCAACAACUUUAUGGACGGUCCUCGACAGGAUGGGUUUGAUGUGUUUUUGGGCACCUAUCUCCCCUCAGACACAUCCUUUGCCAACAUUCAGCUGUUUAUGGAUCGACGACCACUCAUAAUCCAGGCAAUUCCGUAUAUCUUCGCGGCCAGCUUGUUCAUGGUUUUGAUCGCCACUUUCUCGAGGCGAUUGCCUGACGCAGCAGUCUGGCCGCUUCGGCUUUUCAUGAUCUUCUGGAUCGUCAUCGGCGCCUAUUCCUUCCGGUUUAUUCAUGGACAUGGCAUGCUCUAUGUGAACUGGCCGAAAUUGAACACGCCCGUUGCUGGCGCCGAGGGAUACCAAGAUGCUAUCGUAAAAGCUCGCUCUGACCCCAUCAUCGGUCAAUGGCUUCCUUCCAGACGACACCAGCGCGGCAUCAGCAACGCUCGUCUUGUCUUCCUCGAGGAGGGCAAAACCAGGAUCGAGUAA